UUUCUGUAUAGCUGCAGUGGCCUCUCUGUCUGCUCCAGUGGGCUGCAGAUGUUUUUCUCACUGUGUAGGAAUUCGCUUAAGGAACUCAAGGUCACAAGUUGUACUGGUCCUGGUCUCCAUGGUGAUCAAAUUUUGUCAGUGAUUAGUCAGUGCUGUGAUCACGUGACUAGUGUGGAUGUAAGCUGGAGUGGAGCAACAGACACAGGAGUGAAGGCUCUGACGGAUUACAGAAAAGGCCUAAAAUCUGUUGUCCUGAAUGGCUGUCAAGUCACUGAUGCCCCACUGAAAGAACUUGUCCUGAAACACAAAGACAGCCUGCGCAGGUUGGAGGUGUUUGGCUGUCAGUUCCUUACUUCAUCCUGGCUACAGACAGUAUAUGAGAUGUGCUCCGGCCUUCAGCAUCUAAACAUCGGACGAGUGCCAAAAAUCACCGUAAACAGCCUCACUGGGUUGACAGCACGGCUCAAAAGCCUCAUUUCACUGAAUCUCACAGGACUACAGGUCACUCAUGCCAUAGUUGAUACUUUGCUCCAGAACUGCAUUGAACUUCAGAGUCUGUCCUUCAGUUCCUGUCCUGGAGUCACUGACCUGACACUGCAUAGCAUCAGCAAAUAUUCACCUUGUAUCAGAGCUGUUGAUGUGAGUGGCUGUAAAGCAGUAACAGAUGCAGGUGUUCAGUCUUUGGCUCUGGGCUGCACAAGACUUCAGCAGCUGGAUCUCAGCUCCACCAGCACCGGAAACAGAGGGGUUUCUCUGCUAGCAAAUUACUGCAACAGACAUCUUCAUACCAUCAAACUCAGUUUCUGCCACAUCACCGUAAAGAAAAUACUGAAGCUUUGCCAACAUUGCAAGAGGCUGAAGGUGCUUCAUCUCUAUGGCUGUGCACAUCUACCCACUGAACACGAGAUCAAAGAAGUGAACAGCACCGUUAAUGUUUCCCCUUUGUCCUGACCCUGACAGUUAUAUCUCCACGAAAUAUUUAUUGAACAACUCAAAGAGGGAAAUGUUGAUUUAGCCAAGUAUGUAGCAUUAUUAGUUUUAUUUUUCUAUGCUAUUACAUGAGCAACAGGCUAAAUGAGGUCUGCCAUGGUCUGAGGGACUAUUUUCAAGGAUGACUAAAAAGCAUUUAAUACCGGUAUAUGUGCUUGACUGCAUGCGUUUAAAGAUUGUUAUCAGAUGUGCAGAAAUCUGAAGGGUGUA